GCUGCCCAUAAAGUGAGCUAAAGAUAAAAUUGAUUUUGGUUUUGGACCUGAUUCAAACGACAGUAAUUAUGGCCUUGACAGUUGUUACAAGACACUAAAAAUGUGGCAUGGUGAUCGUGGGAAUUCAGUUGGUAUUAUGAGUUUUGGAGAUUGUUAGGAGGGAGGAGGAAACUGGGAAAAUGUCAAAAGAUUGGAGCGCAUCAAAGAGCAAAAAUGUGUUGCCGCACGAGACCCCGGACCUAUUGGAGCACUACAUUGUGGGGCAGAAGGUGCUGGGAAAAGGGCGCUUGGCCACCACCUACGUGUGCACCCACAACGAGACAAGGAAGACUUACGCGUGCAAAACCAUCCCAAAGACGAAGCUUUUGUGCCAAGAGGAGUACGAUGAUGUGUGGAGGGAGGUUCAGAUCCUGCACCAUUUGUCGGAGCACCCCAACGUGGCAAGGAUACAGGGAAGCUACGAGGACAAGUUUGCAGUGCACCUUGUGAUGGAGCUGUGUCGUGGGGGUGAGCUUUUCUAUAGGAUCACUCAGAAGGGGUAUUUCAGCGAGCGAGAGGCUGCCAAGUUGAUGAAGACCAUUGUUGGGGUGGUGGAAGUGUGCCACGCUCAUGGGGUCAUUCAUAGGGAUCUCAAGCCUGAGAAUUUCUUGUUUGAUACCAUCGCCACGGAUGCCACCCUCAAGGUUAUCGAUUUUGGUUUCUCUGUCUUCUUUAAACCAGGACAAACCUUUAGUGAUAUAGUAGGAACUUGCUACUAUAUGGCCCCAGAGGUGUUGGGCAGACAGUCUGGACCAGAAGUGGACGUUUGGAGUGCUGGUGUUAUUCUAUACACCUUACUGAGAGGGCUUCCACCUUUCUGGGCAAAAUCCGAAUCAGGAGUUUUCAAACAGAUUUUGCAUGCAGAAGUUGAUUUUGCAUCUCAUCCGUGGCCAAGUAUAUCAGGAAGUGCUAAAGAUUUGAUAAAGCAGAUGUUGGAUAAGGACCCCAAGAAAAGAAUUUCCGCUCAUGAAGUCUUGUGUCACCCUUGGAUUGUUGAUGACAGUGUUGCCCCGGACAAACCUCUGGAUCCUGCUGUUUUGACGCGCCUAAAGCAUUUCUCAACAAUGAAUAAACUUAAGAAGAUGGCGAUACGUGUCAUAGUAGAAAGACUUUCAGAGGAGGAAAUAGGUGGAUUAAAAGAGAUAUUUAAAAUGAUUGACGAAGACAAUAGCGGGACAAUCACUUUUCAGGAACUCAAAGAUGGUUUGAAAAGUGUGGGAUGUGAUCUCAUGGAAUCUGAAAUUAGAUCCCUUAUGGAUGCGGCUGAUAUAGACAACAAUGGAACAAUAGACUAUGGUGAAUUUCUCGCAGCUACAAUGCACUUGAAUAAGAUGGAAAGAGAAGAGAAUUUAGUUGCUGCUUUUUCCUAUUUUGAUAAAGAUGGUAGUGGUUACAUCACCAUUGAUGAGCUUCAACAGGCUUGUAAAGACUUCGGCCUUGGUGAGUUGCAUCUGGAUGAGAUGAUCAAAGAGAUUGAUCAAGACGAUGAUGGGAGAAUUAAUUAUGGGGAGUUUGAAACAAUGAUGAGAAGGGGCGAACCAGGUGGUUGUAGAAGCAAAGUCAUGAACAGCAAUCAUAAAACUUCAUUAUUUCCUGGUUUAGGAGUGAAUGACUCAUCCUAAUAUGCUUAUUAAGAUCUUUAGUGCCGUUAGGAAACAUAUGAUAGAAGAAAAGUCAUAGUUAAUUUUUCAUACUCAUGAUUAUUAUAUAUUUUACAUUGGAACUCUGUAUUCGGUGACGUCAAAUAGACUCAACAUUCAUACAAGGUAAAUUGGCUUUAUCUGUUUGUGUUGAGCUAAGAGAAAGGAAAU